AUGGAUUCGAGAAAAGUAAGAAAACCGAACUCCACGGACAGACAGAAAAAUAUGUUGGUAGAUUUUAUAGUGUUUCAUCCCGAGCUCGUAUCAGGGAAAAACACUAUAAAAUCUACAGUGAAACAGCGUCAAAAAUUAUGGGAGAAUGUGGCAAAUGCGUUGAACAGUGAGGUUGGAUCAAAUAAAUCUUGGAACGAAUGGAAAAAGACAUGGUGUGAUUUGAAAACUAAUAUUAAAGGAAAAGCUGGUAUUAUGAGAAAAGAGCAGAAUAAGACAGGUGGUGGUGAGAUAGACUAUAGUGAGCUGAGCGAGUUGGAGAAAAAAGUUUUAGAUGUUUUGGGUCCUACUGUGGUUGAAGGGCAUACUUCUGUAUCUGAAAGUCCAGCAGAUAUGACCUUUUUAAAAGCAAACACUCUGUAA